UUGUAUGGUUGUGAAAAUUAAUAUAAUAAAUUACAUAUUAUUCUUGUUUCCAACAGUAACUACUUAUUUUGUAAUCCAGAAUCAUAUUCUCUAUAAUUUAUAAUUGACUGUUGAUGUUUUGUUAACUUUUGAUGUAAUGCAUAGACGAGAGUAAAAUGUAAUGUAUAUCUCAUAAAUUUAGUUAUAAAGUAUCCAUCAUGUAUGCAGUGGUUGUCUUCACAAAAGAAUCUAGUGACACUUUUAAAAGUGUUCAAGAGAUACCUGUAUCAUGGUUGUCGGAAGACAGAAAAUUUUGUCGAUGGCCACCAAAAAAUAGUUGCAUUUAUACAGCAAAUAAUGUUCAGCCUCAAGACGAUUGGCCUUGGCAUUCUGUAGAAGUUGAAAUAAUUUGUGAUUCAUUAAAAGAAGCACAAAAAAGGAGCAAAAAAGAAGUUAGUACUGAUGAAGAGCAGCUUGGAAAAGGAUUUCGCGCUCCAAAACCGAAGGAUUAUUAUAGCCCUGAUACAUCCGUGCCGAGGAGAAGAAUGGACAAGGAUCAAUAUGAAUUUCCACCUACAUUGGAAAGUAUGAAUAAUUGUGUUGCACCCGUAACAGUAGAGAGAAUGAACUCGUUUUUACCUGGGGAACAUUAUGUGAAUACUGUUAUUAGUAAUCGGCAGAAUCAUAUAGAUAUAGUAGAACCUACUAAUCUUGAAUCUGUGAAUUCUGAAGAAACACUCUUGACCGAGUUAGGUGUACUCUCUGAUGCAGAUGAAAUAUCAUCUUCAGAUAUUACUCACGAAACUCCAGAAAAAAAGCAGUCUCACUUUGAAUGUUUUGAUAAUAUGGAGGAAACGACAGGUGCUGAAGUUACUCCUUUCAGCAAGCAUUUGAUAUACUCUGCAGCAGUUAGGCAGGUGGGAAAUUCCGAGCGAAAAGAAAAGUUACCCAGUGCGAUUUCAUGUCAGGAAUGGAGAUUACGAAAAAAAAGACGAGGCGAAGAGAAAGAAAAUAGAAGAUGUACGGAAGAGGAAAGAGUUAAGAGAACUGAAUAG